GUGAGUGCGUCUAUGUGGUAUGGAUUGACAUUUGACCUGCGCUGUACCUGGGCUCCGGGGACAUUUCGACUUUUUGCUGUGUAUUCAUGUGUCCCCCUAAAACAUGACUUGUAAAUGCAUUUUUAAGUGUCUAAAUAAUAAUUUUUUCUACUUCUUAUGAGGUCAUUAUUUAUCUUUUGACCUGUAUUUGCUUAAACUGUAGUGUAAAUUCAUUUAUUAAACUAUAAUUAAAAGAUUUUCUGAUUUUCUUAAAAGUCCACCUAUACCCCCUCACCUGAUUUUUGUGUAUUCCAGUGUAUUGCACAGCGACGUUUCGAGUUAGAGUGGAUGUGUGUAGGUACUGCAAUUUAAUACACAUUUUCAAUACACACGGCCGGAAGUCAUUGUGAUUGGUAGGCUAUAUAUAUAGGCGGUACCUACAGGAAACGGCGCCACAACUUUCGCGCGCGUGCCCUUUAACAAGUGUAUGUCGACGGCAAUACGAAGACGGAUUAAAAACACAAAGCCAAUCGUACAGGAGAACAUGCGAAGGAGACGCAUUCCUCCACGGGAGGAUGCAGUCUGUCAUGUUUCUGCUGGAAGGGACAAACUGGGACUUGAUAUCCACUACAUAAAUGCCUUCAAAGGUCGGGGCAUUUUCACGACUGUUCCAUUCCAAAAAGGAGACUUUCUUUUGGAAUACAGAGGUAAACUCAUAACAAAAGAAGAAUGUGAGCGGAGACACAGAGUUUAUCAUGACAGCCUGAAGGUGUUCAUGUUUGAAUUCAAGUUUGAUGGAAAACUCUGGUGUGUGGAUGCAUCUCAAGAAGAUGGGUCAUUAGGCAGACUUGUCAACGACAACCACAUCAGUCCAAGUGCUAAGAUGAAAAUAUUAAAUAUCAAUGGAAAGCCCCAUCUAUGCUUAUUUGCAAGCAGAGACAUAAGUCCAGGUGAAGAAAUAGACUAUAAUUAUGGUGACUCGGAUUGGCUCUGGAGAUGCAAGGAUCUUGAUGAAGAAAUGCCUCAGCAAGGCUCAGAAGCCAUGCAUUCUUCUUCAGUGCAAGAUUUUGAAGAGGUAACAUUGACCUAGGACAGAUUUUAAUGAAUGUUUCUCAUGCACGAUGUGUA